UCAAUACUGAUGCUGGAGUUUGUGCUUCACUCAAGCUCAAUAACUAACAUCUAAUUUACAGAUACAGGGCAGUGCGCGUGGGCAUCACGAUGGCCGAAGAAGCCUUGUUUGUCAGUGAUUACGAUGGUCCAUGUCCUCUGUGUGAAGAAGAUGAGCAGAUAGGGUAUUGCAGAUACAGAAACACAGAGCAUGCAAAUGAGAGCGAAAUAAAAAACGAUGCGGAAGACAAGGAGUCACAGGAGUUCAAGAGGGACUCUGAGGUGAAACCAGAGGAAAUAGCUGAGGAGAACUGGACUGUAGUUCAAGAACCUGAAGAAAGGAAAACAGAGAGGAAAGAGGAGGAAAACAAAACAGAAGCAAACGAAACUGAAGACACCAAGCAGAAAAGCACAGAAGAGGAGCAAAACAAGAAAGAACAUAAUGCUGAAUCAGAUGAACAAUCUAAAAAAGAAGAGCAGGACAGUGUGUUUGGUUUAAAAGAUGAUGAAAGAAAGACAGAUGAUGAGGAUGAUGACAAUGAAGAGGCAAGGGACUUGCUGGUGGCUCCUCUAGAGGACGACUGUAUUUUGCAGAUGGGCCCCGACUGCACCAUAGACCUGGUGAUGGUGUGUGAUCAGCCGAGAUGUGUGAAUGAAGACCUUUCGUUAUGCCCCCCCAAGUCUUCAGAUUUCUCCCAGCAGGCCCCUAUAAAAUCCCCACCGAAACCAUUAUCGAUCACAUUACCACCUCAGAAUCCCACAAUACUCCCCUUUCUGCCCCAUCCUCUCCUUCCAGCUCAGGUCCCAGCACAGGCCCAGUUGGAGCCCCAGUGUUUGGGCAAACGGCCCUAUGGAAGCAGCCCCGCUGUCGACCCCCAGGCCAUGAGGCCCCUGGAGGUGACGCUACGACAGGUGUACACCACUCGCCAAUACACACGCUUCGCCAGCAGAGCGGCUCCUAUGCCUCUGGCCUCCGUCGGAGGAGAAACCAGCACUCAGGCUUUACCCUCCAUCAGCACCGAUGUCCCUCUAUUGCCUCCGAAGAAGAAAACGCGCACCUUCUACAGCACAGAUCAGCUGGAGGAGCUGGAGCGUGUAUUUCAGGAUGAUCACUACCCUGAUGGAGACAAGAGAAAGGAGAUUGCGGCCUCCAUCGGUGUUACGCCCCAGAGAAUCAUGGUGUGGUUUCAGAAUCGUCGAGCCAAAUGGAGAAAAACGUCGAAAACCACAACAAAAAAGCCUGCUAGUCGGGGUCAAACCUGUGUCCAGGUCAACAGGCCAGCAAUUUUCCAUGCUCCUUCUCAACAUCCCAAGCCUGGGAACACACUCCCCCCCUACAGUACCAUCCGGACCAGCCGCACCAGUCCAGCAGGUCCAGGUUGUGUUGAUAUGGCACCUUGUGUGUCUCAAGGAGGAUUUUUGGAGUACAUGCCCCCUCCCAUGCACAGUCCUCCUCCGAUACGUCGAGCCUCCUUGCCUCUUAUCACGGCAUACAACCCUUCCACACACACCGUGUCCCUUCUGCUGGACACACCUGAACACAGUGAGCCCAGCUCCACUGACACAACACCGCUGAGUUUACAGACUGACACAGGGUUUGAUUAUGAAGGCAUGGGCACCUCUGUGAAGAUGGACUUCAUGACUUCUGCUUCACAGAACAGCACUUUAAACUACCAACUCAACACAUUUUCUCAACAGUCUAACACCUUGUUAACUCAGCAGACUAAUAGUUUCCUCUCUCAGCAAACAAACACUCUGUUACCUCAACAAACUAGUUGUCUUAUGCCCCAACAGUCUUGCACACUGUUGCCCCAGUACUCCCACCUGUCGUACCUCACGCCUUCUCCUUACCUCACGCCGGCCCCUACCGAGAGCAGCAGCGCCCCGUAUCAGCCCCUCACCAACAACACACUCCCCACGUACACCAGCAGUGGACAUGCGUAUCUCCAUUCUCAAACCAGCAACCAGAUGCUGCUCCAUUCAGGAGUUCAUGCAUUUCAGGCCUACCCUUGGACUACUGACAUGUAUAGUCAGCCGGGUCCGUACACACAGGCGGUGUUUCGGCCACAGUUAUCAUCACAGGGUCCUGAGAGCCAGUACACUCAACUCCUGCCCCAACAGCACUACGUUCAGCUCCAGGGAGCGCCGGCGCAGCCCAGUCUUCCCAAACCCACCACUGACCCCCUGCUGCCCAAUGUCAAGGUGGAGUCUGAGGACACCAGUCAGCCAAUCAGAGGCAGCGAGGCCGAGCCUACCUUUCACUGCGAUUUCUCACCAAUCAACUUUUAACAGCAGGGCGCAGACUGAGAAGAUCCACUGACAGUGUUUUCAUUUCUUUAUAUGUUUGUCUUCUGUUUUUGCUGUGGUGUGCAAGAGCUAUUAAAAUGCUCUUUCUCUGA